UGAAUGGCACAUGGUAACAAUGUCACCGAAUUUGUCCUCCUGGGCCUCACUCAGGAUCCCAAUGGACAAAUGGAAUUAUUUAUCAUGUUUUUACUCAUCUACACUGUGACAAUGGUUGGAAACCUGCUCAUCAUGGUCACUGUCCUUGCCAGCCCCUCCCUCGGCUCCCCAAUGUACUUCUUCCUGGCCUAUCUGUCACUCAUGGAUGCUCUUUAUUCCACUGCCAUUACACCCAAGCUGCUUAUAGACCUGCUCAGUGAUAGAAGGACCAUCUCCUUCCCAGCCUGCAUGGGCCAGCUCUUCAUAGAGCACCUGUUUGGUGGUGCUGAGGUCUUCCUUCUGGUGGUGAUGGCCCUUGACCGCUAUGUGGCCAUCUGCAAGCCUCUGCACUAUUUGAAUAUCAUGAAUCGGUGGGUUUGCAACAUCCUUUUGGUGCUGGCCUGGGCUGGGGGUUUUGGGCACUCUGUGGUUCAACUUGUAUUUGUGUCUCAUCUCCCAUUCUGUGGCCCCAAUGUCAUCGAUCAUUUCAUCUGUGACAUGUACCCAUUGUUGGAGCUUGCGUGCACUGACACUUACUUUACAGGCCUCACUGUGGUCGCCAAUGGUGGCGCCAUCUGCCUGGUGGUCUUUAUCCUGCUGGUCAUCUCCUAUGGCUUCAUCCUAAACUCUCUUAAAACUCACAGUCAGGAAGGGAGGAGAAAAGCCCUUUCUACCUGCAGCUCCCACAUCACUGUGGUUGUUCUAUUUUUUGUUCCCUGUAUUUUCAUGUAUGUCAGACCUGUCUCCAACUUUCCCUUUGACAAGUUCAUAACCAUUUUUUACACGGUGGUUCCUCCUAUGUUGAACCCUUUAAUAUAUACUCUGAGGAAUUCAGAGAUGAAAAAUUCUAUGGCAAAACUCUGGUGUCAGACGUUAACUGUGGAGUGA